AUUCUCUCUCUAAUGAAACGGACCCACAAUUUUCACUUCCUUUUUCUUCUCUCUUUUCUCUUUUUCUUCUCUCUUUUCCCUUUCAUCUCUUUCAACCACACACACAACACAACACUCCUUUCACUCAACAACACUCCUUUCCGUUUCAUCCAAAAAAACCGCCCUCUUUUCUUCCAUGAACUAGCUUCUUCUUCUUUCUCAUUUCACAUUCCCACCCCCUGAAUCUCAUUCUGAAUACUCUAAGCAAAAUGGGUCACCUCCAUUUUGCUUUGGGUUUCUCUCUUCUGCUUCUACUCACAAAUGUCUCAGCUGCACCACCAUUACCCUCCACCAUCUCACCUGCAAAAAUCGUUAAUGGGUUUCUCUCAAAUGCUGUUCCUGCUUUCACCAAAUGGGUCUUCUCUCUUAAACCAACCACCAAAAAAGCGGUUGCUGGGAAGUCAAUGAUGAAAUUUGAGAGUGGAUAUACUGUGGAAACUGUGUUUGAUGGAAGCAAGCUUGGAAUUGAGCCUUAUGCAGUUGAGGUUUUGUCUAAUGGAGAGCUUCUGGUUUUGGAUUCGGCUAAUAGUAACAUUUAUAAGAUCUCAUCUUCACUUUCGUUGUAUAGCAGACCAAAACUAGUAGCGGGAUCGGCUGAAGGAUAUUCGGGACAUGUUGAUGGAAGAUUAAGAGAGGCUAGGAUGAAUCACCCGAAGGGGAUUACAGUUGAUGACCGAGGAAAUAUCUAUGUUGCAGAUAUUAUGAAUAUGGCUAUUAGGAAAAUUAGCGACUCAGGGGUCACAACAAUUGCGGGAGGAAAAUUAAGCCGUGGAGGGGGGCAUGUUGAUGGACCAAGUGAAGAGGCUAAGUUCUCUAAUGACUUUGAUGUGGUUUAUGUUGGAAGUAGUUGUUCUCUACUUGUUAUUGACAGGGGAAAUCAAGCCAUUCGGGAGAUCCAACUGCGCUUUGAUGACUGUGCUUAUCAAUACGAAAGUGGAUUUCCACUUGGAAUUGCAAUGCUUGUUGGAGCUGGCUUCUUUGGUUAUAUGCUGGCAUUGCUGCAGCGCCGACUAAGUACAAUUGUCGCAUCUCAAGAUGUGACUCAUGCUGAGGGCCAAGUAAUGUCGGGCAUUUCACCGAAUCCAUACCAAAAGCCAUUGAAAUAUGUCAGGCCUCCUUUGAUUCCAUCUGAAGAUGAAUCCUAUAAGCAAGAAGAAGGUCUCUUUGGAUCCAUUGGGAAGCUUCUUACCAACGCCGGGGCAUCAGUAGUGGAAAUAAUGGGUUUCAAGAAAAAACCGCAUAGCUACGAAUUUCAAAGGCAACCCUUAUUUCAUCAACCUGAAAAGCAAGUAAAUGGUUGGCCUGUGCAAGAAAGUUUUGUAAUUCCAAACGAAGAUGAGCCUCCUUCUAUUGACCCGAGAACUCCAACCCCUAAGAAAACAUAUCCUUUCAUGUCUAAAGAUGCCGAAAAAAUGCAACAACUGUGGCAAGGUCGAGCUUUCUAUAAUGGAUGGGACGGAGAUCUUCAACAUCAUCAACAGCAGCAGCAGCAACAACAACAACAACAACAACAAAAACAUCUCUAUAGUGGAUGGGAAGGCGACCUUCAGCAGCAACAACAACAAAAACAUCUGUACAGUGGAUGGGAUGGAGAUCUUCAACAGCAACAACUGCAAAAACAUCAUUAUCGUCACCAGUAUCUUUCUUCAGUCGCUCACACUUUCUAUGAGCAAAGUCGCGAGGAAACCAAUGAGAUCGUAUUUGGUGCAGUGCAGGAACAAGAUAAGGAGUCUGCAGUUAUCAAGCCUUUAGAUUAUGGCGAUUGUCUCUAUGAUCAUCACAAUAUGCGGUCUCGAAUCAGUUCCAUUGGUUACAUCCCAAAGUACUGAGUAUAUAUACAAUAAAAAAAUAUGCUUGCAGUAAUGAAUCCCCAAUAGAGGAGGGUUAAAUCAAGUACAGAAAUUAUAAUGGUUUCUUUUUAAUGGUAGGAUCUCAUCUCAGCAAGGAAAGUUGUUCAUCAGAAAGUCAUUUGGUUGUUCGGUUUUGCCAAAUUUUCGGUCGGUCGCUCUGGUGUGAAAACAAAUUGAAAAUUGAGCUAAUUUGAAGGGCAAGAUCAAAAUUUUUUGGCAUGAUAUUUCCUUCUGAUGAUUAUGGUUAAAUAUUUAGUAGUAAAUUAUAUACCAUGAAAAAUCUAAAAUGCUUCUUGGGAAAAUUUUCUUCCUCCAUUUAGAAGUAUAAUAACUAUCAUUACAUUUAUGUGCUAUGUACUUGUGAUGUUGGUACUUAGUAGCAUUCAAACAUCGGUUGUUAUAACUCUACCUCAUGGAGCAUGUUAGUAUUUCAUCUUCACAAAAUUGGCUUCUAAACUUUAAGGUGGGAAUUUUCAUCCAUUUGUAUCUAUUAUUAUUUAGAUUAUAUCAUUUUUUAAUGUGGACCUCU